CAAAUUUCAACUUCUAAUUUCUAAAACCUCAGUCGGGAAGGGAAACGAAAUUACUAUUUUAUGCUCACAUUGAUUAAAACGACGGUGGUGUAGACAUAAAAUUGGGAACCGCUUCAUUUAAUCUUCUGCUCUGUUGGUUUGCGGAUUCAAGGUUGAGCUUGGUUUGGAUUGAAAUUCUUCUUCUAUUCAGGUGGGUUUAUCUUUUCCUGGAUUUUUGGCCAUUGGUUUUUGCUAAUUUGCUGAUUCAAUUCGUUUUUCCCAUUUGUUUGUUUCCAUUUACUGCAAACCCCUUGCAUUACUCUUCUCUUUGCUUCAGAUACACAGUCGGAUUUGGAUACAGGAUAUUUUUGUUAAUUUUAGGAGUUGUAUUUUUUUUUUCUUUCUUGUCUCUUGAUGUUUUUUAGUUAUCGGAGUAUCAAAUAACCUCAUUCUCUUGUGCUGUAAUUUGAUUCUAUGUUCUUAAGUUGUCGGAAAUGGGUAUGUUCGCCAGGGUUUCUCUGGAAUUGCUACCGUUUUUACUUUUCUGAUGUUGAAGAUCUCCAUUUUUUAUUCUUGCCUAUACAUUAAAGUGUUCAAGAAGGCACUUUUCUUACUUAGUUUGGAGUUAAGGCUGAGAAUGUGAAGAUAGUGUGGAAUCCGGAUACUAUAGGAUCUAGAUGCUCUUCUACUGAGGAUUAUUCCUAUUGAUGUGUGGAGGUGAUGUAAUUAGUGCAGUUUGAUAAGACAUUUGGUUCAUAUCACAUUCAUUUCAUAGAGUUGCUUGUUGAUUGUUGUUUUUCUUCAGUUACAUUCGUGAGUAUUAUGUCAAAAGUGGCACGAGUCGACUACAUAAGUUAUCCUCGAAAAUGCCCUGCAUUGCGACAUCUUGUAUCAGAUAUUCUCUUUCAUAGAUACCUGAAUCGCUGUGGAUGUGAUGUCUACAUGUUCAUCCUCUUCUUGUUUUUAUCCAGAUCCUUGCGUGGACAUCCAACCCUUCGCGGGGUUUGGGGUCUUCUUCAGUCUUGUUCUAUUCAGACUGAUUUUGUUCCACGGGAUCCGAACGAUAAGCCUGUAAGAUACAAGUAUCCAGCUUCAUAUGAUCCCUAUGGCCCAAGACCUCCACCUUCGGAGAAGAUCAUUCAGCUUGCAGAGCAAAUUGCAGCCCUGCCUCCUGAAGAGCGUGAAAUGAUUGGUCCUACACUCAUCUACAAACUAAAUCUUCCGAAGCUGCAACAUAUUUCUGUGGAGGGUAUGGAUGCAGGUGCUCAGGGUGGGCCAGCUGCUGGUUCCAAGACCGAAGAGAAGAAAGCAGAGAAAACGGCAUUUGAUGUCAAACUAGAGAAGUUCGAUGAAAAUGCCAAAAUUAAGGUGCUCAAAGAGGUUCGUGCCAUAACAAAUUUAGGAUUGAAGGAAGCAAAAGAUCUGGUGGAGAAAGCGCCUGCUAUAGUUAAGCAAGGUGUCACCAAGGAAGAAGCCACCGCCAUCAUAGAUAAGAUCAAGGCUGCUGGGGGUACUGCUGUGAUGGAGUAA